AUUGUUCAUCUUAAACCAUUUCCUAACUCUACAAUCAUUAAAUUAAGUCUUCGACGCAAUAGAAUAAGUAAGAUCGAUGAUAAUGCUUUCCAAGAAAUCAGAAAUUUAUCGGAACUUGACUUGAGUCAUAAUCAACUUACAUCAGAUGUUCUUUUGCCCACAAUUUUCACGGGUAAACGUAAAUAUGCUCCUAAUGAAUGGGAACCGCUACCACAAUUACGAAUAUUAAAUCUUGGACAUAACAAUCUCCAUACACUACAUCAGGAUUUAUUUGAACAUGUUACUAAUAUAGAAGUAUUGAUUCUCAGUGGGAAUCCUCUAAGUAUUAUUGAUGAUUAUAUUAUGAGGUCAUUGACUAAUCUUUACUGUUUGCAAGAAUUAUGUCUUGAAGAUUGUAAUCUCCAAACACUUCCAGAUCACAUGUUUCAUUUGCAUAAAACAACAUUAAAAACACUCCAUUUAAGUGAAAAUAGUUUUACAAAAAUACCAUCUGCUUUAAAAGAUGCCAUAGUUUUGGAAUCUUUGAAUUUAGAUGAAAAUCCGUUAGAAAUUCUGGAUGAAAUAAAUGCUUUUCCUAAUCUUCCAUCACUUAAAAGGCUAAGCUUGUGUUCAUUGCCAUAUUUAACUCAUAUUGGACGUCACGUUUUUUCACAGUUACCUAUACUCGAAGAACUCUAUUUAUGUGACUGCCCGAGACUUACAGAUAUUGAUGAAGACUCUCUAGUUAUGCAUAAUAUUCAUGGUGCAUUUUGGCCUCCUUUGAAGAAACUUGAUAUAUCUAAUAAUGCUUUAAAAUAUUUAUCUGCAAAUUUAUUGGGAAUGUGGUACAAGCUAGAAAAAUUAAAUCUAGUUAAUAACGAUUGGAGCUGUGAUUGCGAAAAUCAAUAUUUGAUUACCCAGCUUCUUCCUACGUUUGGAAAGACUUUAAUGGAAGAAGAUGUUGAUAAAUUAUUUUGCACUGCACCUCCGGAACAUGCUGGUAAAAAUUUGACAUCACUAGCGCAUAAAAGAUUACGAUGUCUCGAUCGUUAUGGAGCUCAACCUGAACGUGAUGCGGCAAUUCUCGUUGGCAUAUUAAUCGGUCUUCUUCUAGCUCUUCCUGUUGCACUUACAUUAUUUCUUCUUUGGCGACGAGGAUUCUUCUUCUGUGGACGACGAAGUCCUGCAAGCUUUUCUAGAGCUUUUUACAAUCGCGCCUCGAGUAAUGAUAACUAAAACUAAAUACACAUCACUCAAAAAUUAAAGGAUUGAAAACUUUCAGUUACUUUACAACGGCUAAAAUUUAUUGAUAAAUGAUUGUUGAAUAUUGAAAAAAUUUUUAAGACUCAAGUUUGUUAUCUACGACAAAAAAUUAUAUUUUGAUGUAAUUAAAAGAGUGUAGAAAUAUUUUUGUGUGAAUAA